AUGAUUGUUGGACGAUUAAAAGAAAUAGCUAAAAAUUCCUAUUUUGUACUUGCAAAAGUGCCUGUACUUGAAGUACUUGCAAAAGUGCCUGUACUUGAAGUACUUGCAAAAGUGCCUGUACUUGAAGUACCUGCAAAAGUGCCUGUACUUGAAGUACUUGCAAAAGUGCCUGUACUUGAAGUACCUGCAAAAGUGCCUGUACUUGAAGUACCUGCAAAAGUGCCUGUACUUGAAGUACCUGCAAAAGUGCCUGUACUUGAAGUACCUGCAAAAGUGCCUGUACUUGAAGUACCUGCAAAAGUGCCUGUACUUGAAGUACCUGCAAAAGUGCCUGUACUUGAAGUACUUGCAAAAGUGCCUGUACUUGAAGUACCUGCAAAAGUGCCUGUACUUGAAGUACCUGCAAAAGUGCCUGUACUUGAAGUACCUGCAAAAGUGCCUGUACUUGAAGUACCUGCAAAAGUGCCUGUACUUGAAGUACCUGCAAAAGUGCCUGUACUUGAAGUACCUGCAAAAGUGCCUGUACUUGAAGUACCUGCAAAAGUGCCUGUACUUGAAGUACUUGCAAAAGUGCCUGUACUUGAAGUACCUGCAAAAGUGCCUGUACUUGAAGUACCUGCAAAAGUGCCUGUACUUGAAGUACUUGCAAAAGUGCCUGUACUUGAAGUACCUGCAAAAGUGCCUGUACUUGAAGUACCUGCAAAAGUGCCUGUACUUGAAGUACUUGCAAAAGUGCCUGUACUUGAAGUACUUGCAAAAGUGCCUGUACUUGAAGUACCUGCAAAAGUGCCUGUACUUGAAGUACCUGCAAAAGUGCCUGUACUUGAAGUACUUGCAAAAGUGCCUGUACUUGAAGUACUUGCAAAAGUGCCUGUACUUGAAGUACCUGCAAAAGUGCCUGUAUUUGAAGUACUUGCAAUUUGCUGGGAUAUAAGAAUUAUCGGAUUAUUCAGCAAUGAAGUCUUAUAA